ACAGAACGAUAUGUUUAUGUUUGUGUCGUACUUACAGUUCUUGUUUGUAGGUUAUGUUCGUUUGUUUAUUUCCGUCCGCGCGAAAAUAUUUGCGUAUAUAAGUAAUUUUGCGUGUAACAGUGGACGCCAGAAUGAACAUCGUCAUGUUGGUAUUAGACCAAUGUAAACUUUUUUCAGUAUUGUUGCCUGCGGCCUCAAGGAAAAAUGUCGGCUUGACAACUUGCGAUUUAAACUGCAUGACAACUAUUUAUACACAUCUGUUUGAAAUAUUUUAAAAAUCAUGUCGUGUAAUUAUGCGGAUGGACUGUCUCCUUAUGAAAAUAAAGGAAAACUUGGAUUAGCGGAGAAGUUUGAUAGCAAGGAUGAAGUCACAGAAAAAGUAAGCAAACUUGCUACUUGGAUCCAAGAAGCCAAACAUGUUGUUGUCCAUACUGGUGCAGGAAUAAGUACAGCAGCAGGAAUUCCAGAUUUCAGGGGACCUAAGGGAGUGUGGACAAUGGAAGCAAAAGGUCUGAAGCCUGAGAAAGAUAUCUCUUUCAAAGAUGCCGUACCAACUAAGACUCAUAUGGCACUUGUGAAGUUAGCAGAGGCAGGGAAGAUAUCAUAUGUGGUGAGCCAGAAUAUUGAUGGGCUACACAUGCGAUCGGGUUUGCCGCGUUCCCACAUAUCUGAGCUACAUGGAAAUGUCUUUGUGGAACGAUGUGAUAGAUGUGAACGUCAGGUUGUCCUUGCUGCCCCUAGUGCUACUGUAGGCCAGAAGAAGUCUGGAAGGGAUUGCAAAUGGGGAAGAGGUGGGCGCAUUUGUCGUGGACAAAUGCGUGACACAAUUCUUGAUUGGGAGCAUGGCCUGCCAGAUGACGAGUUGGCACUCGCUGACUAUCACUCUUGCCUAGCAGAUCUAAGUAUUACUCUUGGAACCACACUUCAGAUUGUUCCAAGUGGAAACUUACCACUCAGUACGAAGAAAUUUGGUGGACGCCUUGUAAUCUGCAACCUACAACCCACUAAACAUGAUGAAAAAGCAGACCUAAUAAUUCACUGCUAUGUUGAUGAACUAAUGAAUAUGCUAAUGAAAGCAUUGAACAUUCCAAUACCUGAGUAUGACCCAACAAAAGACCCAACACUGUCUUCAGAAAAUGAGAAAAAUGAUUGGACUGUCGAACGUCGCAAUGUAAAAAAAAUGCAGAAGUUAUAUGAAGAAAUGAAAAACAAGAAAGGAGUAGUAAAACGGAAAUUAAAAAAGAUAGAACAUGAAGAUAAGAAGAUUAAGAAGGAAGAUUGUGGUGAAGAAAUUAAAAAGGAACUUUGUGAAGGAGAAUCUCCUGCAAAUAUAACAAUAAAAAAUGAAGCAAUUCCUGAUUGUGGCAUUCCUUGAUAGUAUCAUGCAAUUAGAAUGAAUGAUUUUUUUUUAUUUUUAACAUCUCUACAAAGAUUUUAAUGUACAUAAAUAAGCUGCUAGGUUUAUGUGAGGAAGUACUUCCAGCUUUUGAUGAUUGUUAUUGUGCACAGACUAAGUAUUUCUUAAACUUUGGGCUACACUGCCAGAACUGUGAUGAUACAGGUUCCCAGUUAUUUUAAAUUCCAUUUAUCUUACGUACAGUUUCAAGUUGUAGAAACAGUUUUUGUACAGAAACAGAUGUCUUAUACAUUAUGUCAGAUUAAUUAUUAAUCUGAUCAGUAUAAUGAAGCACUUUUCUUUUAAAAUAAUGCUAUGCAUUAGCUUAUGCAUAUCAUGUGUUGAUAGUGCUUUUGCACUAAUUGUGUAUGUUUGGAGAGUAGUAUGCUCAGUCAAUGAUUUUUAUCU